GUUGUGCGGUGGCCAUCAUGACAAGUCAAUUCGUCCGCUCCUCCAAAUAUCGCCAUGUGUACAUCGAACCAGCAAAGAUCGAGAAGUGCUACACGAACCUGCGUCUAGCCACUGCUACAGGGGAACAGAACUACAUCAAAGCGAACACCAAGUUCUUUGCCGUGGCGAUCCAAGCAGGGGGCGGCGCAUUCGCGGUUGUCCCGUAUGACAAGGUGGGCAAAUUCGACUCGGACUACCCCCUUGUCGGUGGGCAUCGCGGUGCCAUCAUGGACUUUGACUUCAACCCGUUCCAUGAACACUUGAUCGCGUCUGCGUCCGACGACACGACUAUCAAAAUCUGGGGCAUUCCCGAAGGUGGAUUGACCGAGACCAUGACUGAACCCCUCGUGGACUUGACCGGCCACGGUCGCAAGGUCACGCUGCUGGGCUUCCACCCGACGGCGUCCAACGUGUUGGCGUCGACUUCGGCCGAUUACACGGUCCGCUUGUGGGAUAUCGAGAAGGGCAGUGAAAUCGCCAACAUGGAGUACAACUCAGAAAACUUGCUGCAAGACUUGGCAUGGAACUACACCGGGUCCACGCUCAUUACGUCGAGCAAGGACAAGCUCGUGCGCAUGUACGACGCGCGAUCGGGCGGGUUGUCCGGGUCAGUCCAAGCGCACGAAGGCAGCAAGAGUGUCAAGCUGGCUUUCCUCGGGGAAAAGAACUUGUUUGUCACGCUCGGGUUCUCCCGCCAGUCCCAGCGCCGCAUGAAGGUGUGGGACCCGCGAAAGCUCGACAAGGAGCUGCACAAGGUCGACAUUGACCAAGCCGCGGGCGUGAUCAUGCCGUUCUACGACGCGGACACGAACUUGCUCUACUUGUGCGGCAAGGGCGACGGCAACAUCCGGUACUACGAAAUGAACGAUGCCGAGCCGUUUGCGUACCCCCUGACGGAAUACCGCUCGACGACCGCGGCCCGCGGCAUGGCGUUCGUCCCCAAGCGCGCGUGUGACAUCAUGUCGUGCGAGACGGCUCGCCUCCUCAAGCUCACGACCAACGCCGUGGAGCCGUUGCAUGUGUAUGUGCCGCGCAAGUCGGACGCGUUCCAAGACGACAUCUUCCCGGACACGUUCUCUGGGGUGCCGUCGCACACGGCGGAUGAAUGGCUGGCCGGGUCGGAGAAGACGCCGAGCUUGUCGUCGUUGAACCCGCGCAACUUUGGCGAAAUCACGUCGCGCGGCAAGGCCGGCACCGCCGCCCCCGUGUCGGCGCGUCCGACGCGAGUGGUUCGAACGGCGUCGGGGACUCCUCCCCCGGCCCCCGUCGCGGCUGGUUCUGGCGACCUGCAGCAUCAGCUGAGCUCCGCCAACGCCCACAUCCAACAACUCGAAGCCAAGGUCGCGGAAUUGGAAUCCAAGUUGGCGGCCGCAGGCAUCGCUCAUUAAGUCAAGAUAAGAAAAGAUCACUAGGAAGAGAUCAUAGAGUCGUUUAUGGUGGUUGAACUCCCUGUGGAGUGUAUAACGUUGGUCGAUCCAGCUCUGUAGCCGUCGUCGGACAUUGUUGGCUUCUGCCUACUGCAGUGCAAAGUCCACUUCAAGUGCAAACACCCGUUCACGGUUG